GGGCAAUUUGGAGAUUUUAAGGGUAUUUUUCAAGUGAAAUAAGAUGGUGGGAUGUAUUGAAAAUGCUAAGAAAUACUGUGUUAAACUGAGGGAUGCGGAAAAAGAGGGAGAUUUUGGCUUUGUAUAUUCUGUGUCUGGACCGAUUGUAAUUGCAGAAAAGAUGAUAGGUGUUUAUAUGUAUGAACUUGUGAAAGUUGGAUAUUAUGAGUUAGUAGGAGAGGUUAUUUCUAUUAAUUAUGAUAAAGUAACUAUCCAAGUUUAUGAAGAAACAGCUGGUAUUGCAGUAGGCGAUCCUGUACUUAGAACACAUAAACCUCUAUCAGUGGAAUUGGGGCCAGGUUUAUCGGGAAAAAUAUAUGAUGGUAUACAACGAUCACUUCAAACGAUUCAAUUCCUUUCAAAAAGUAUUUAUAUUCCUCGAGGAAUUUAUACAGAUGCAUUGGAUCGUUCAGUUCAAUAUGAAUUUUCUUCAUGUAAUUUUAAAGUCGGUGAUCAUAUUACAGGAGGGGAUAUAUUUGGCUCUGUUUAUGAAAAUUCAUUUCUUUCUGAACAUAAAAUUUUAUUACCCCCUAAAGCUAAAGGAACUAUUGUUUAUAUUGCAGAUAAUGGGUCAUAUUCUAUUGACGAAAAAAUGAUUGAAGUUGAAUUUGAUGGGAAAAUAACAUCAUAUUCUAUGUUUCAUCACUGGCCUGUUCGGACUCCUCGUCCUGUGGCGGAGAAGAUUACAGCAAAUACACCAUUAUUUACUGGACAGCGUGUUUUGGAUUCCUUGUUUCCAUGUGUUCAAGGUGGAACAACUGCUAUCCCAGGUGCUUUUGGUUGUGGAAAAACUGUUAUUUCACAAUCAUUAUCUAAAUAUUCUAAUUCUGAUUAUAUUGUUUAUGUUGGAUGCGGUGAAAGAGGCAAUGAAAUGGCAGAAGUAUUAAUGGAUUUUCCAGAAUUAUCAAUUGAAAUUGAUGGAAAAAAAGAAUCAAUUAUGAAGAGAACAACUCUUGUUGCAAAUACAUCAAAUAUGCCUGUUGCUGCUCGUGAAGCAUCUAUAUAUACUGGAAUUACACUUUCGGAAUAUUUUAGGGAUCAGGGUAAAGAUGUUGCAAUGAUGGCAGAUUCUACAUCAAGAUGGGCAGAAGCUCUUCGUGAAAUAUCUGGUCGUCUUUCAGAAAUGCCUGCUGAUUCAGGAUAUCCUGCUUAUCUUGGUGCUAAAUUGGCAUUAUUUUAUGAACGUGCAGGAAAAGUUGUCUGUUUAGGAAAUCCAGUAAGAAAAGGUAGUAUUUCUAUUGUUGGAGCGGUAUCUCCACCUGGAGGUGAUUUUUCUGAUCCUGUAACAUCCUCUACUCUUGGUAUUGUUCAAGUAUUUUGGGGAUUAGACAAAAAACUUGCUCAAAGAAAGCAUUUUCCUUCCAUUAAUUGGUCUAUGUCCUAUUCUAAAUAUUUGAAUGCAUUGCAACCUUGGUAUGAAAACAAUUACCCAGGCUUUAUAGAAACUCGUAAUCAAAUAAAAGAAAUUCUACAGAAAGAAGAGGAAAUGAUAGAAAUUAUUAGAUUGGUUGGAAGGAAUGCAUUAUCAGAAGUCGAUAAAAUUACUUUAGAUGUGGCAGGAUUGAUUAAGAAUGACUUUCUUCAGCAAAAUGGAUAUAGCAAAUGGGAUUGCUAUUGUCCUAUUUGGAAAACAUUUUAUAUGAUGAGAAUCAUAAUUAGCUAUUAUCAACAAGCGCUACAUAUAGUAGAUGAUUACAAUAUUCCUUGGAAUAAAGUACGAGAAAGCACUUUAGAAGUUUUCCAAAAACUUAGUUUCAUGAAAUUUGAAAUUCCAGAUAAUGAACAAGAAGUGUCAAUACGUUAUGAAAAGCUUUUAACGGAAAUUGCUGAAUGUUUCCGAAAAAUUACAGAAUAGAUAAAAAAACAGCUUUAAAAUGCUAUAUACCUUAUUUAUAAUUUUA